CAUUAUUCCCAAGUCCAUAGGUUUCAUUUAGACUUCAGUUUGUUUAUAUUUGUGUUCAUGUUUCGGAUUAUUUCAUUACGAUCGUGUGUGCGUGGAUUUAAAACACAUUUCAGUCCACUGUUCUGUUGUGUGUGUGUGGUUUUUUUUUAUUUACACAGGAUAAAUUACUAAAUAAAUGUAUCCAUCGAUCAUUGUUUGCUAGUUUUUCUUUUUCACGACACUUUGCAGCAUUCUGAAACGCUUUACGUUAACUCUGUCGCCGUUACUAAGGACAGCUCACGCCUAUUGGCUCGUACGAGUGCCGGAAAGCGUACAAACAAGAACAAGAAACUGACGGGACAUUUUUUUUUUUUUAACAUUUAUUUAUACUUUCUUCUUCAUGUGGAGUUGGAUUUUUUUCUCAAUAUGGCUGAGAAGUUUGACAAUCUCGAAGAGCACCUGGAGAAAUUUAUCGAAAAUAUACGACAACUGGGAAUCAUCGUCAGCGAUUUUCAACCAAGCAGCCAAACAGGACUGAAUCAGAAACUAAAUCUGAUGAUCACAGGACUGCAGGAUAUUGAAAAGUGCCGGCAACAGCUUAACGACAUCCAUGUACCUUUGGAAGCAUUUGAAUACAUCGACCAGGGCCGCAAUCCACAGCUUUACACCAAAGAGUGUCUGGAGCGAGCCUUGGCUAAAAAUGAACAGGUGAAAGGGAAGAUCGAUACCUUGACGAAGUUUAAAAGUCUCCUCAUCGUUGAGCUGGGGAAGGUUUUUCCUGAAGAAAUGGCCAAAUAUAAAGCGAUUCAUGGAGACGACCCUCCUUCAUAGUCACAUAAGGAAUCCACUUUGUACAAAUUUCCAUAUUCACACAUUUUCCAGAGCAUCAAUCAUGAUUUACAUUUCUACAGCUUUUUCCAACGUUUGUAUUUGCAUUUGAAUUUCUCAGAGAUAUUGUGUCACUGUAACGGCGCAAUCUGAACUUUUUUUGUGUGUGCCUGUAAUGGAUUGUAAUUUACUUUUGCCUUUGUGUUAUGAAAUAAAUAAUUAUUGUAUUAUA